AUGGCUUUCCCUAUCCUCUUCCUUCUCCUCAUUUCCCUUCCAUUUUCUUUUUCUUCAGCUGAACUCAACAUUGAUUACUACAAACAAACAUGUCCUGACUUUGAAAAAAUUGUUAGGGAAAACAUCUUCAACAAACAAAGUGCAAGCCCGGCAACAGCACCGGGACUCCUCCGUCUCUUUUUCCACGAUUGCAUCACCGACGGUUGUGAUGGAUCGGUCCUUAUCUCUUCAACGGCUUACAACCCUCACGCUGAAAAAGACGCAGAAAUCAACCUCUCCCUCUCAGGGGAUGGAUACGACGUCGUUAAUAAAAUAAAAAAUGCAUUGGAAAUAGCAUGUCCUGGUGUUGUUUCAUGUUCUGACAUUGUUGCACAAGCAACAAGGGAUCUUGUUAAGAUGGUUGGUGGUCCAUUUUAUCCUGUGGCGUUAGGAAGAAAAGAUAGUCGUGUAUCAGAAGCUUCAAGAACUGAAAAAGCUCUUCCAACAACAAAAAUGACAAUGGACGAUAUUAUUAGCAAAUUUACCGUAAAGAACUUCACUAUUAAGGAAAUGGUUGCAUUAACCGGUGCACAUACAAUUGGUUUCACUCACUGCAAAGAAUUCAGCGACAGAAUUUUCAACUUCAGCAAAACCUCUGAGACUGAUCCUACACUUCAUCCAAAAUUGGCUAAAGGGUUGAGAGAAGUUUGCAAAAACUAUACUACUGACCCUAAUAUGGCUGCUUUUAAUGAUGUUAGGUCACCAGGGAAAUUUGACAAUGCAUAUUACCAAAAUGUGUUGAAAGGUUUGGGUUUAUUGAGAACAGAUGCUAUGUUGGGUUCUGAUCCAAGGACCAAGCCAAUUGUGGAGUUAUAUGCAAGAGAUGAACAAGCUUUCUUUCAAGAUUUUGCUAGGGCAAUGGAGAAGGUUUCUGUGCUUGGAGUGAAGACUGGUACACAAGGAGAGGUGAGGAGCAGGUGUGACCAAUUCAACAAAAUUCAGGGCUAA